ACAUGGCGGACAGACUAACGCAGCUUCAAGACGCUGUCAAUUCGCUUGCAGAUCAGUUUUGUAAUGCCAUCGGCGUCCUACAACAAUGUGCGCCUCCUGCCUCUUUCAGUAACAUCCAGACGGCUAUCAACAAAGAUCAGCCCGCAAACCCUACCGAAGAAUAUGCCCAGCUGUUUGCAGCCCUGAUAGCCAGAACAGCCAAAGAUGUGGAUGUACUAAUCGACUCUCUGCCCAGUGAGGAGUCCACAGCUGCUCUGCAGGCGGCCAGUCUGCGGCAGCUGGAAGAGGAGAACCACGACGCAGCAGCUCGUCUGGAGGACGUGGUUUACCGUGGCGAUAUGCUGCUGGAGAAGAUCCAGAGCGCUCUGGCUGACAUAGCCCAGUCUCAGCUCCGCACCCGCAACGGAGCUCCGAGUCAGCCUUCACCCGCCGAAUCCUGACCCCACAACAUACAUAUUAUACUACUGGACAGUUUCACUCUCACCAACUGCCACUCUCAAAACACACAAACACGGGCUGAGUCUGUCUGAAUAUGUGUCCAUACGUGUGUGUGGAGAAUACGAGACGCUGACCAAAUUUGGGUGGUUGAGACAAACAGCCUUCUUGUGAUUUCUCUGUAAAUUUCUAAUGAGAUUUGGCCUGAAACACAACUGGAGAGGAGAAAAAGAAGAAGUCUUCACAUGCACAUAGUCCUUAUUUUUGCCUUUUUCUUGAGUUUGGAAAAAUGCUUCCUCCUGGUCUAAAACAGUCUGUCAGGUUUGUAUGUUUUCUGUACAAUCUGUGCUGUAUAUUGAGUUGAGUCAGAUCUCAAUCUGUUUUUGUAGAUAUUUAUGAAUGAAAUGAUCAGAUUUCUCAUUUUGGCUGCUUUAAAAAGUUAAAUCACUCUUUUUCUUUAACUGUCUAUAACCAAGUAAUUUUUCCUUUUUUUUUUUUUCUUUUUUUUUUUAUAAAUAAAGCUUCAACAAACUUUUUGGGGAUUUAAUUUGUUGAAACACAAGUACAUCAGUGUGAUAUUUAUCGUCAUGUCAGCUUUUCUCUAGUUGUUGAAAUUCUGUUGAAAUGACCUCACUCUUUCAGCAUGACCACACUUCUACUUUUCUGACUGUCACUGUAGACACGAGCAUCUGUGAAACAACUGAAAUAUAGCAUGUGAUGGAUGACAGCAUAACUUCUAUAUUAGCUAUAUUUAAACACCGGAGAUGUCUGGUGGAAACAUUUUAUCCGCAAAAUGUUAACUUUUUAAGGAACAAAAUUCUGGUGUUAGGAUAUUUCAUUACAUUUGAGAGGAUUUCGUAAGCAAGAUAGUAUGGGGCGGGAGG